GCUUCUCUGUUGAAGAGCCCCCAUCUUGGGAAGAAAAGCACAGAUGAGAAUUUCCUGAGUGGCAGACAACAUCAGCGAAUGGGCGGCCUGAUACUGCGUGACGUGACGGGAAAAGGGGGAGCUCGCGGCCAGUGGCGGCGGUGGCGACAGUGGCGACCUGGGGAUCGACCUGGAGGGGCCUGGGCAGCGUGCAGAGACCUCUAGAUCCAGCGCGAGGGACCUCCCGCCGGGAUGCCAGGGGAGCAGAUGGACCCUACUGGAAGUCAAUUGGAUUCAGAUUUCUCUCAGCAAGACACUCCUUGCCUGAUAAUAGAAGAUUCUCAGCCUGAAAGCCAGGCUCUGGAAGAAGAUGCAGGUUCUCACUUCAGCGUGCUAUCUCGACACCUUCCUAAUCUGCAGAUGCACAAAGAGAACCCGGUGUUGGAUAUUAUGUCAAAUCCGGAACAAACUGCUGCAGAACAAGGAGACAGUAACAGCUCAUUCAGUGAACAUCUGAAAGAAAAGAAAGCGUCAGACCCUGUGGAGUCUUCUCAUUUGGGUACGAGUGGUUCCAUCAGUCAGGUCAUAGAACGGUUACCUCAGCCAAACAGGACAAGCAGUGCUCUGGGAGUGACAGUAGAAGCUGCUUCUCUUGCAGAGGAGGAGAAGGAGGAAGAGUUGGAAGAGGAGAAGGAAGAGGUGGGAGUGAACGCUCCUGAUGCUGACCCACGCUCCCUUGCUGAAGAUUCUGCUUCAUCCCAGUUGGGCUUUGGAGUUCUGGAAUUGUCCCAGAGCCAGGAUGUUGAAGAGCAUGCAGUGCCAUAUGAUGUCAACCAAGAGCAUCUGCAGUUGGUGACCACUAACUCGGGUUCUACCCAGCUAUCGGAUGUGGAUGUAAAUACUGAUGGGAAAGCAAUUAAAUGUGAAGAACAGUCCACUGACGCCAUCUCCAUAAUAGAACCCAGCAAAGACAUCCCUGUUACAGUGCAGCCCAGCAAAGGCUCCCAUGUGGUAGAAGAACAAAAUCUACCACUUGUAAGGUCUGAAGACCUGCCUUCCAGUCCUCAAGUUUCUGUUGCUGCUGUGGAAACAAAGGAGCAGGUACCUGCCCAAGAGCUGCUGGAAGGGGGGCUGCAGGUUCAGGUGUCAUCAGAGCCUGAGGUUUCCUCAACUCAGGAAGACUUGUUUGACCAGAGCAGUAAAACAGCUUCUGAUGGUUGUUCUACUCCUUCAAGGGAGGAAGGCGGGUGCUCUCCGGUUUCCACACCUGCUACCACCCUGCAGCUCCUGCAGCUCUCUGGUCAGAAGCCCCUUGUUCAGGAGAGUCUUUCCACGAAUUCCUCAGAUCUUGUUGCUCCUUCCCCUGAUGCUUUCCGAUCUACCCCUUUUAUCGUUCCUAGCAGUCCCACAGAGCAAGGAGAGAGAAAAGAUGAGCCCAUGGAUAUGUCAGUGAUACCUGAAGGAGGGGAGCCUUUCCAAAAGCUUCAGGACGAUGAAGCAAUGGAAAUAGAAAAACCCCCUCUCCCGUCUCAGCCUGCUGUAUCACCGCAAGCAUCCACACCAGUGUCUCGGAGCACGCCAGUUUUCACUCCUGCCUCACUUCCCAUCCCGUCCCAGCCCGAGUUCUCUCAUGACAUCUUUAUUCCAUCACCAAGUUUGGAAGAACCAUCGAAUGAUGUGAAGAAAGGUGGAGGCUUGCAUAGCUCGUCUCUCACUGUUGAGUGUUCUAAGACGUCAGAGAGUGAACCAAAGAAUUUCACUGAUGACCUUGGGCUCUCCAUGACGGGGGAUUCGUGCAAGCUGAUGCUUUCUACAAGUGAGUGUAGUCAGUCCUCAAAGAUGGAGAGCUUGGGUUCUCCCAGGACUGAGGAAGACGGAGAGAACACACAGGUUGAGGAUACUGAACCCUCAUCCCCAGUUACCAAGUCUAAACUUCCUGCUGAAAGUGAAAGUGUCCUGGCAAAUACAACACAGGACGACCGGGUAGAAAUGAGUCAGAAUGUAGAUAAAGCAAAGGAAGAUGAAGUGGAGGGUAGAGGUGACGUUGACGUUUUAGCUGCUGGCUGUAAAGGCAGAGAAGACACGGUUGCUGAAGAUGUUUGCAUCGACCUCACUUGUGAUUCUGGGAGUCAGGCAGUUCCUUCUCCAGCUACCCGCUCUGAGGCACUUUCCAGUGUCUUAGAUCAGGAGGAAGCUAUGGAAAUUAAAGAGCACCAUCCAGAGGAAGAGUUUUCGGGAUCUGAGGUAGAAGAAGUCCCUGAGACUCCCUGUGGAAGUCACAGAGAGGAACCCAAAGAGGAUCCGAUGGAAAGUAUUCCACUGCACCUUUCUCUGACUGAAACUCAGUCUGAGGCGUUGUGUCUUCAGAAGGAAGCCCCCAAAGAGGAAUGCCCAGAAGCUAUGGAAGUUGAAACCAGUGUGAUUAGUAUUGACUCCCCCCAGAAGCUGCCAGUACUUGACCAGGAAUUGGAGCAUAAGGAUCCAGAAACUUGGGAAGAGGCUACUUCUGAGGACUCCAGUGUUGUUAUCGUUGAUGUAAAGGAGCCCUCUCCUAGAGUUGACAUUUCCUGUGAACCGGUGGAGGGAGUGGGAAAAUGCUCAGACUCCCAGUCCUUGGAGGAUGCGGCUGCAGAGGAAGAAGCCUGUGCUGAGGAUAGAUUAAAUACUCCAGAGGAAAAGAGAGCUGAGUGUGAUGGAGAUUCAAAAGCAGAGACCACAGAGAAGAACUCCGUAACAGAAGACUCUCCACAACCUCCUUUGUCUUCAGUGAGAGACGAACCUGUCAGACCUGACCAGGAGAUGCAGCAGCCCCAGGUUCAAGAGAAAGAGAGCCCCGUGACUCUAGAUGCAAAGGUGGCUGAUGACAAGCAGCUGGGGUCAGAGGGCUCAUGCCAGCAGCUUGAGAAGGCCCCUGCCCGAGCCUCACAGAGUUUCUGUGAAAGUUCUAGUGAAACCCCAUUUCAUUUCACUUUGCCUAAAGAAGGUGAUAUUAUCCCACCAUUGACUGGCGCAACCCCACCUCUUAUUGGGCACCUAAAAUUGGAGCCCAAGAGACAUAGUACUCCUAUUGGGAUUAGCAACUAUCCAGAAAGCACCAUAGCAACCAGUGAUGUCAUGUCUGAAAGCAUGGUGGAGAUCAAUGAUCCUCUACUUGGGAAUGAAAAAGGGGAUUCUGAGUCUGCCCCGGAAAUGGAUGGAAAACUAUCUCUGAAAAUGAAACUUGUUAGUCCUGAGACAGAGGCCAGUGAAGAAUCUUUACAGUUUAGCCUGGAAAAGCCUACAACUGCUGAGAGAAGAAAUGGAUCUACUGCCAUUGCUGAGCCUGUUGCCAGUCCCCAGAAGCCCAUGUCUGUGUUUGGCUGCAUCUAUGAAGCCCAGCAAGAGGAGGAGGCUCAGAGUGAGGAUCCUCCUUCCACACCUGUCAGGACGAACUUGCUCCAUUUUCCAAGUGCUCAAGAAGAAGACCAAGAAAAACCGGAUGCUACCCCACAGCUCAGGCAGAGUGAACAGCCUGUGAAGCUGAUUGGGCCUGUCAAGGAUGCGGCUGCUUCUGAGGACUCUGCCUCUUCUGUUUCCCAGCAGAGGGCCUCACAGGGAUCAUUGAGUCCUCAAGAGGAAGUGAUGGAUGCAGACCUGCUUGAAGGACUGGGUGCUAACCAGGACAGACCUAGUAAGAUCUUGAUGGAAAGGCCCGCCCAGAGUAACAUAGGAAUCCAGACCAUGGACCAUUCCCUGGGUGCACCAGAGACCGUUUCAGCAGCAACCCAGACUGUGAAGAAUGUAUGUGAGCAGGGGACCAGUACAGUGGAGCAGAACUCUGGGAAACAAGAUGCCACUGUGCAGACUGAGCGGGGGAGUGGAGAGAAACCUGCCAGUGCUCCUGUGGAUGACACAGAGUCCCUCCACAGCCAGGGAGAAGAAGAAUUUGAAAUGCCUCAGCCUCCACAUGGCCAUGUCUUGCAUCGUCAUACGAGAACGAUUCGAGAAGUCCGUACACUUGUCACCCGUGUCAUCACAGAUGUUUAUUACGUGGAUGGAACAGAAGUGGAAAGGAAAGUAACGGAGGAGACUGAAGAACCAAUCGUAGAAUGUCAGGAAUGUGAAACAGAAGUUUCCCCUUCACAGACUGGCGGUUCCUCUGGGGACCUGGGGGACAUCAGCUCCUUCUCCUCCAAAGCCUCCAGCUCACACCACACAUCCAGUGGAACAAGUCUCUCAGCCAUACACAGCAGUGGCAGCUCAGGGCGAGGAGCUGGGCCACUCAAAGGAAAAACCAGUGGGACAGAACCUGCAGAUUUUGCCUUACCCAGUUCCCGAGGAGGCCCAGGAAAACUGAGUCCUAGAAAAGGGAUCAGUCAGACAGGGGCACCAGUGUGUGAGGAAGAUGGUGAUGCAGGCCUUGGCAUCAGACAAGGAGGGAAGGCUCCAGUUACACCUCGUGGUCGUGGGCGAAGGGGCCGCCCACCUUCUCGGACCACUGGAACCAGAGAAACAGUUGUGUCUGGUCCAUUGGGCAUAGAAGACACUUCACCUAGCAUGUCACCCGAUGACAAGUCCUUCACCCGCAUUAUGCCCCGUGUGCCAGACUCUACCAAACGGACGGAUGCCGGUUCUAGUGCUUUGCGGCGGAGUGAUUCUCCAGAGAUUCCUUUUCAGGCUGCUACUGGUUCCUCUGAUGGCUUGGAUUCCUCAUCUUCUGGAAACAGCUUUGUGGGGCUCCGGGUUGUAGCCAAGUGGUCAUCCAAUGGCUACUUUUACUCUGGGAAAAUCACACGAGACGUCGGAGCUGGGAAGUAUAAGCUGCUCUUUGAUGACGGGUAUGAGUGUGACGUACUGGGCAAGGACAUUCUCCUGUGUGACCCCAUACCCCUGGACACUGAAGUGACCGCCCUCUCAGAAGAUGAGUAUUUCAGUGCAGGAGUGGUGAAAGGACACAGGAAGGAGUCUGGGGAGCUGUAUUACAGCAUUGAAAAAGAAGGCCAAAGGAAGUGGUAUAAACGGAUGGCAGUCAUUCUGUCCUUGGAGCAAGGAAACAGACUGAGAGAACAAUAUGGGCUUGGGCCAUAUGAAGCUGUCACACCACUCACAAAGGCAGCAGAUAUCAGCUUAGACAAUUUGGUGGAAGGAAAGAGGAAACGGCGCAGUAACAUCAGCUCCCCAGCCACCCCCACUGCCUCCAGUAGCAGCAGCACAACACCCACACGUAAAACCACAGAGAGUCCCCGUGCUUCCACGGGAGUUCCGUCAGGCAAAAGGAAACUUACAACUUCUGAAGAGGAACGGUCCCCUGCUAAGCGAGGCCGAAAGUCUGCCACUGUGAAACCUGGAACAGUGGGGGCAGCAGAGCUUGUGAGCCCCUGUGAGAGUGGAGAUAACACAGGUGAGCCUUCUGUCCUAGAAGAGCCAAGAGGGCCUUUGCCCCUCAACAAGACCUUGUUUCUGGGCUAUGCCUUUCUCCUCACCAUGGCUACAACUAGUGACAAGCUGGCCAGCCGCUCUAAGCUGCUAGAUGGUCCUACAGGAAGCAGCGAAGAAGAGGAGGAAUUUUUAGAAAUUCCUCCUUUCAACAAGCAGUAUACAGAAUGCCAGCUUCGAGCAGGAGCUGGGUAUAUCCUGGAAGACUUCAAUGAAGCCCAGUGUAACACAGCCUACCAGUGUCUCCUAAUUGCGGACCAGCACUGUCGAACCCGGAAGUACUUCCUGUGCCUUGCCAGUGGCAUUCCUUGUGUGUCUCAUGUCUGGGUCCAUGACAGCUGCCAUGCCAACCAGCUUCAAAACUACCGUAAUUAUCUGCUGCCUGCUGGGUAUAGCCUUGAGGAGCAACGAAUUCUGGACUGGCAACCCCGUGAAAACCCUUUCCAGAAUCUGAAGGUCCUCUUGGUGUCAGAUCAACAGCAGAACUUCCUGGAGCUCUGGUCUGAGAUCCUUAUGACUGGAGGGGCAGCCUCUGUGAAGCAGCAUCAUUCAAGUGCCCAUAACAAAGACAUUGCUUUAGGGGUAUUUGAUGUGGUGGUGACAGACCCCUCAUGCCCAGCCUCGGUGCUCAAGUGUGCUGAAGCCUUGCAGCUGCCUGUGGUAUCACAAGAAUGGGUGAUCCAGUGCCUCAUUGUUGGGGAGAGAAUUGGAUUCAAGCAGCAUCCAAAAUACAAACAUGAUUAUGUUUCUCACUAAAGAUACUUGGUCUUACUGGUUUUAUUCCCUGCUAUUGUGGAGAUUGUGUUUUAAUCAGGUUUUAAGUGUGUCUUGUGUGUAAUUGUAUUCUUUGCAUGGACCUUGUACAUAGUUUUAUUUGUUGGACUUUUAUGAUAAAAUAAAUGUUGAAUCUCUUUGGUUGUAGUAA